AUUUUUGCCCCCUUAGAGCAGUGUCCCCACUCCCUCACCCCCGUGAAAAGGCCUGUGUUAGGGCUGGGAUGCUGGGAGAUUUACGUCUUUUGUAUCGUGUGCUUCGCUCUUGGGGGUGCCUCUGUCCUGUCUCGCUUGGUUGGUGGAGCUCACACUCUGAGAAGACAGGGUACAGGGCAGAAAAAGGGGCGCUGAUCAUCCACGGCCGCGACUGCUGUGGCCUGGACGUGUGGCCCAGACAAUCCCUCCUGUGGCAGGGCUCUCCCGGUUUGCCUGUCUCCUUGGUGAGAUGGUUCUCUUAAAAAACCAUAUCGGUGAGAAGCUGGCAAAAUCCCUACGUUGUCUUUGAGCAUCUGGACAAGGCUGGGAGAUUGUUAGGUCCUCUCCCUGAGGUGGCUUUGCUCAGCUGGGGUUCCUCAUCAGAACACAGAAAAUGACCCAAGAGGCUGCUGUCUUGCUAGAACCAUUCGUGAUGUACAGGAGAGAAGUUACCUUGUUACUACAGUGGAUAUCCUGGGGCGUGGGGGCGUGGUUCUCAAGAUGGCACUGCCGCAAGUGCACAGAAGCUGGUUGAGAAGGGCGGCUCCAAGUGGUAGAGGAGAGGAGAGUGUCUGGGGGCUGGAAUCCCAGGCCGAGGCCCCACAGACCUUCUCUUCCUUUGGUGCACAGGAAAGAGCGAGACGCACCUGGAUCCGGUAGCCGCCCCUUCCCUGCGCUUGGAAGUUGGGCUCACACAGUGCACAGGUGGGAGCUGAUUGCCCAUGUCUCCUGCCCAGGCUACAACCCGUGACGUGGGGAUGAUACUGUUGGCUCAGCAUGUCGGUCAGCGUCCACGAGACCCGCAAGUCGCGGGGCAGCACGGGCUCCAUGAACAUCACCCUCUUCCACAAGGCCUCGCACCCCGACUGUGUGCUGGCCCACCUCAACACGCUGCGCAAGCACCGCAUGUUCACGGACGUCACACUCUGGGCAGGCGACCGCGCCUUCCCCUGUCACCGUGCCGUGCUGGCCGCCUCCAGCCGCUACUUCGAGGCCAUGUUCAGCCACGGCCUGCGGGAGAGCCGGGACGACACGGUCAACUUCCAGGAUAACCUGCACCCUGAGGUGCUGGAGCUGCUGUUGGACUUCGCCUACUCGUCCCGCAUCGUCAUCAACGAGGAGAACGCCGAGUCCCUGCUGGAGGCGGGCGACAUGCUGCAGUUCCACGACGUGCGGGACGCCGCCGCUGAGUUCCUGGAGAAGAACCUCUUCCCCUCCAACUGCCUGGGCAUGAUGCUGCUGUCCGACGCGCACCAGUGUCGCCGGCUCUACGAGUUCUCCUGGCGCAUGUGCCUGGUGCACUUCGAGACGGUGCGGCAGAGCGAGGACUUCAACAGCCUGUCCAAGGACACCCUGCUGGACCUCGUCUCCAGUGACGAGCUGGAGACGGAGGACGAGCGGGUGGUCUUUGAGGCCAUCCUGCAGUGGGUGAAGCACGACCUUGAGCUUCGCAGGGCCCACCUGCCCGACCUCCUCCGGAGCGUGCGGCUGGCCCUGCUGCCGUCCGACUGCCUGAAGGAGGCCGUCUCCGACGAGGCCCUGCUCAUGGCAGACGAGCGCACCAAGCUGCUCAUAGACGAGGCGCUGCGCUGCAAGACUAAGAUCCUGCAGAACGAUGGGGUGGUCACCAGCCCCUGCGCCCGGCCGCGCAAGGCGGGCCACACGCUGCUCAUCCUGGGGGGCCAGACCUUCAUGUGCGACAAGAUCUACCAGGUGGACCACAAGGCCAAGGAGAUCAUCCCCAAGGCGGACCUGCCCAGCCCCCGGAAGGAGUUCAGCGCUUCGGCGAUUGGCUGCAAAGUCUACGUGACCGGGGGCCGGGGCUCCGAGAACGGGGUCUCCAAGGACGUGUGGGUGUACGACACUGUCCACGAGGAGUGGUCCAAGGCGGCGCCAAUGCUGAUCGCCCGCUUCGGCCACGGCUCGGCCGAGCUGGAGAACUGCCUCUACGUGGUCGGGGGACACACGUCCCUGGCAGGCGUCUUCCCGGCCUCCCCUUCUGUCUCCCUGAAGCAGGUGGAGAAGUACGACCCUGGGGCUAACAAGUGGACGAUGGUGGCCCCAUUGAGGGACGGCGUCAGCAAUGCUGCCGUGGUGAGCGCCAGGCUGAAGCUCUUUGUUUUCGGGGGGACCAGCAUCCACCGGGACAUGGUGUCCAAAGUCCAGUGCUAUGACCCCUCAGAGAACCGGUGGACGAUCAAGGCCGAGUGUCCCCAGCCCUGGCGGUACACAGCCGCUGCCGUGCUGGGCAGCCAGAUCUUCAUCAUGGGAGGUGACACGGAAUUCACGGCUGCCUCGGCCUACCGCUUCGACUGCGAGACCAACCAGUGGACGCGGAUCGGGGACAUGACCGCCAAACGCAUGUCCUGCCAUGCCCUGGCCUCGGGUAACAAGCUGUAUGUGGUGGGGGGCUACUUCGGGACCCAGAGGUGUAAGACCCUGGACUGCUAUGACCCUACCUCGGACACGUGGAACUGCAUCACCACGGUGCCCUACUCGCUCAUCCCCACGGCCUUCGUCAGCACCUGGAAGCACCUGCCCGCCUGAGGAGCACCUGCAGAGCCCAGCCAGACUCUGCGUGUUUCUCCCCUCAGUGUCUCAGAGUGGCCCUGACCCUGUCUGUCUGUCACGGCGGGAAGCUCAGCCCAGCCCAGCGGCCAGCGGUCCAAGUGGCUGGAGGCCAGCCCCACCAGCUCCGGAGCAGCAGCCUCAGGGGCUGUUCUGAGCUUUACACAGGAGAGAAGAAGCUGUCUCCCGUGUUCCGUGUGCCUGCCGGGGCCUUGUCUGCUUUGCAGUGGUUUGCUGGAGGAGAGGACCUUCCAGAGGAGCAUGGACUGACACCAGGCCUCCUGAGCCUCGGGGAGGACACGUUUGCAGAGCUUUGAGGUCACCUGUUCCAGCAGGUCCUGGAUUGGGGCUGGGGCCGGGCAGGGAAGCGCCUGGGGUGGGCUGGGGGCAGUGCGCACUCAUGGCACAGCCUUUUCUGUCGGGGGUUGCAGUGUCGCCCACAGAGGCUGUCGCAGGCCUCAAGGAAGCAGGGUCCACUAGGACCGAGAGCCGAAGUUGCUGCGGAGAAAGUCAAGGACACAAAAGGGGCGGAAACCUGUCAGAUGACCUCAGUGACAUUCACAAGGCUCCAUUAGCAAAUGACACCCAGACCUCCAAGUGAAAGAGGAGAUCUCCUGUGGCCCCCUCCUCCUGGUCAGGCCAACUCUACCCCAGGAUGCUGCGCCCGGAUGCGGACACACGCUCCUGCCCAGUCACACGGCAGGACUUGGCCCCCAGGUGACACAUGCUGCCCUGUCACCUCUCCUCUCAGAGCCCACCCCAAGAGGCAGCAAUGACCCCAUCUCCUGACAGGACCACACUGUGGCCUACCCUCCAAGACUAGUGGUGGAUGUGAGCUGGGGGCCACAGAGGGACUCUGGGGCGCCCACCAUGGAUCCCACCAGGGCUGUACUCCUCUCAGCAUGGAGGAUGGCAGCAAGGCCACAGACCCCGACCCCCAGCCAGCGCCCACUGCCCCCUGGCAUCUUGGCCUUCCUGCUGGUAACUGAAUCUGGUCUAUUUGCCCCUGAGCUCAAAAAGUACAAAUAGUCCUAAGAGAACUGCCAAACCUUUGUUUUCUUCACCUCCCCAGUCAUUGGGUCCCUGGUCAGUGUCUCCCCAGCGUCUGGGGUUCUGGAGAGGUCAGCUCCUGCCAGCGGCCAUCCUGACACUUAAGAGUUUGGGGCUCACCCCUCGCUGGCCCGGGUGCGCCAUUGGAGGGGGAGGGGGCUCUUGGUACCUUGGCCCAGACCUGUGGCUUCCCAGGCCGCCUGCCGUGUGCACAGUGCCGGUUGAUGGGUCCGGAUUGGGGAGCUGUGUUGCUGAUAAAGAUCUGAGGCCACGUUACAUCCUGGUGCUUUCCACAAGUCAGCCCUGCCCCUUACAGGCCCUCCGCGCUGGCGCCAGUCCUGCGGGCAUCUCUUGGGGUGUGGGGCCUUUGGCCUGGGUUUGCCUACUGAGGAGCCCCAGCCGGGGCAUUGGCUGCCACCUGGGAAAAAGCUGAAAGCAGAAGCUGGGUCUCCAGGUUCCGCAGACCCCGUCCACGUCAGAGGUUGGCCUCCUUGGCCCUCAGGGCUCGGCUCAGCCACCCUGAAGCCAUGUGGCUCUGGUCCCAGGAGAUGGCUGUGCUGGAGAGCUCGCGGCCCCAGGGCAGUGGGGCUGGUGGAGGAAGCUGCAGCUCUGGGGUGCCCCCAGGCCUGUUGGGUUGCUGAGUUGAGACAAGCACACUUUUCACACAGUGCAAAGGGCCUCACAGAGGGGCUUUCCUGAAAGGUGCAUUGCCCUUAUCCAUUUCUAACUUAAUAAAAGAGUUGAGAAAAUUCUUUGCUUUUUUUGGGCGCAGGGACCAGUCUCGGAGGACGUAAGGCACGGGUAGACUUCGUUUCCUCCCCACCAGCCAGGGCCCCAAAUCUGCCCGUUGGUGUCUGACCCUCCCGUGAAUUGGAGGAUGGGGCCCCCAACCAUCAACCCCAACAGUGUGUGGCCACCUUCCUGCUCAGCACCGAAGCUGUGACUCAUAGUGGGGAAGGAAGGGGCCUUUGAAGCGGCAGUUGUCUUGAACGUUCUUCUGGGUCUUCACUAGGUGGGUAUCUUGCACAGAAAGAAAUUUCUGAACUCCAUUCUGUCGCAGCCCCAGCCCCAGUGGCUUCACCAGUCUCUCCCCUUCAGGAGGGGAGUGGUCUCUUGCAACACAAAGGGGGGGCUUCUCUGAGGAGGCCAGCCUCCCACGGCUUCCCUGCCCCUCCAGCAGCCGGGCUAGAGCCUGCCCCACCUGGCCUCCGGGCCACAGCACCUUCGGGGUCGGGCCUGCUUGCAGCCGAGCAUGGCUGGGCUGACUCUCCAGCACGCCCACAGAUCUGCCUGGAUGCUCACCUGCCCUGUUGGAGCCUUGGGCUUCAGGCUCGGGCUCUGCCUCAUUAACCAUCAAGGAGCAGCCUGGAGACGCCUCACCCAGGAUCGAGUUCAGGGGUCCAUGCACUUGUAUGGGAAAGAAUGACACCCUUCUUUUCAGUAACCUCUAAGUGAUAUUCAGCAUUUCUUCAACUAGGAACGCAGGCACCGCGCCCACUGGUAUCGGCAGCCCCCGUGGCUUUGUCUCUGGAUAAUCUCAUAGUACAGUUGUCGAUAUCUUGAGAUGUCAUACUCAUUACUGUCUCCAGAUUACAGUUAUUCUUAGACCGGCCACUAGAUUGCGUUACUUCAUGUGUUAAUAAAGAAGCACAGAUGUUACCAUUAAUAUCAUAAAUUUGUGUUAUGGGUUGAAUUGUGUCCCGCAAUUCAUAUGUUGAAGUCCUAACCCGCAGAACCUCAGAGUGUGACCUUAUUUGGAGAGGGUCAUUGCAGAUGUUAAGAUGAGGUCACACUGCAGUAUGGUGGGCCCUAAUCCAGUAGGACUGGUGCCUUAGAUGGAGGAGAAAUUUGGACACAGACGUGCUUACGGAACGUGUGUGAAGACUGGAGUUACGCUGCCACACGCCAGGGAGCUGGUGAGGACAAGGUCAGGGCAGAGCCUUCCCCGGGUGAGGAGCACGGCCCUGCUGACCCUUUGCCCUUGGACUCUGGCCCCCAGGGCUGUGAGAUAGUUUCUGUUGUUUACGCCCCUCGGGGUGCGGUCCUACUUGGUGAGGCAGCCCUUGCAAACUGAAACAACAGGUUUCCUUUGCCAGCCCGGGUGUUGUGUUUUAUAUAUUUAGAAACCUCCCCCCAGGAGUCCGCAGAGGGGUCCGGAGCACAGAAGAGGUUAGGGAGCCCUGACCUAGGGGAGCCGAGGGCACAGUGUCCUAUCCCCACGGAGCUGUGGGGCUCGGCUCACAGGAGGCCCCCUAGCGGCCACAGGCCUGCACGGGGCCCUCAGCUCAGCCGCCGCGCAGAGUACAGCAAGCUACGUGCCUUCCUGGCGUUCUGACCGGGGAAGGGGCUGGG